ACAUGACUUUUGGCCUGUGAAUGGAAGUGUUGGAAGUAACGAGGCGCACCUAAAAGCAUCGCACCAGCCUGCGGACAGAUGAUGUCAGUUUAUGGGCUGUAGGGGUUUCUGCAUCAGCAGCAUGUGUGCCGACAACGAGUAGGCCUACUGCUGGCCGUCAGCGGGCAGGCAGAGGAGAGGAGAAGAGGAGGGGAGGAAAAGUGUGUUUACACAGACGGCAAACUGCCUGGGGAAUCGUCGGGGAGAGGAAGUCAGCCGGCUCUGUGUCUGCCUGCUCCAACUUCCUGCUCAGAAAAAGAAAAAGCCCUGGAUCCUAUUUCAGUCCAGCACAACUGUGUAGACCAGAAGUAAGCAUGGAAAAACAAGGAAUCACACCAGCUUCACCGUAAAGUUUUUGCGGAGGGAAAACUCCAAAGUCAGAGAUCACAGGUAUGGACAGCGCCAUCACUCUGUGGCAGUUCCUGCUGCAGCUGCUGCUCGACCAAAGUCACAAGCACCUGAUAUGUUGGACAUCCACAGACGGAGAGUUCAAGCUCCUGAAGUCAGAGGAAGUGGCCAAGUUGUGGGGGCUACGCAAGAACAAGACCAACAUGAACUACGACAAGCUGAGCAGAGCCCUGCGCUAUUACUAUGACAAGAACAUCAUUAAGAAGGUGAUUGGCCAGAAGUUUGUCUACAAGUUUGUGUCCUUCCCUGAGAUCCUGAAGAUGGACCCUCAGGCGGUGGAGAUGGGCCUGGCUUCUGGAAGGUUUCCUCUCCAGGAAGGAGAGGCCUCUGAGCUGGAGGUAGAGGAGGAGGAAGAAGAGGAAGGGGAGGAGGAGGCCCAGAGGAUGACCCUGGCAGCCCUGGGGGCGCAGCAGUGUCGGAAUGACUACCUCCGCUCGGGUCUCUACUCCUCCUUCAGCAUCAGCUCCCUGCAGAACCAGCCCGAGCUGCUCCGCGCCCUGCGGGAGCGCCAGGAGGAGCCGCGCUCCGUUAUCCGCUUUGGCACCAACGGCAAUGAAAGGAGCUCCCCUUCCUCUGCCAAGCCUGAGUCCUACGUCUCCCCCAAGCCAUCCAAACUCCGCUCCCCGUCCUCUCCCCACACCCAACCCGGCCAAGUGUGGAGCCCCAUAGCCAAGGAGGAAGAGGAGGACUCUGACCUGAGCGCUCAGCCCCUCAACCUCUCCUCUGGGCACAGGGAGCGAGCCCUGCAGCCUCCUGAGAAGAGGAGCAGUGGCAGAAGUAGCUCCACCAGUAGUAGUAGUAACCAAGGAGAUAGACUCCCACCAAAAAGCAAAAAACCCAAAGCUCUGGAGAUCUCAUCCCCCUCCCUGCUGUUCGCAGGGAGCGACAUCGGCUCCAUCGCUCUCAACAGUCCGGCGCUGCCGUCUGGCUCCCUCACUCCGGCCUUCUUCACUGCACAGACUCCCUCUGGUUUGCUGCUGGCUCACAGUCCGCUGUUGUCAGGCAUCCACUUCUGGAGCAGUUUGAGCCCCGUUGCUCCGCUCAGCCCCGCCCGGCUGCAGGGCCACAGCUCCCUCUUCCAGUUCCCCAGCCUAAUCAACGGACACAUGCCUGUCCCUCUGCCAAACCUGGAAGGAACACCCUCCUCCCUGCUCCUGUCCCCCACCACUCACAAAUCCUGAUCCAGGGUCUGUGAAAAACCUCCCAUCUUCAUCAUCUCUUAUUGCCGUCAUUAUCAUCAUCAUCAUCAGUAAGCUCUUGUCCGUCUUGGUAAAUUUUGCUUCAGAAAAGUCCCACGAGACAGUAUGUGACCUCACCUUUUUGCACUUGAGUUGCUUCAGAUUCCAGUGGUUAAAAGCACUUGGUAAAAGCCAUACGCCACGAUGUCUGGGAGACGUCUGGCUCUUUGUGAUAAAGUACAGCACAUUUCCACAUGACCCUGUCCACGAUGGACAGUAGUGACGUGUAGCUAGCUGCAAAAGGCUAGCCGCUCAUUCUGUGCAGAGAGCUUGGUUGUUUUAAUCUUGUAAAAAAAAAAAAAAAAGAAAAAAAAAAUACUUUUUUUUUUUUUCCUUAGUGUUCAUCACAAUGUGAAACUGUUUCACUUGUGUGGUAUUUUAUGCACUAUGCUUCUCAGAUAGUACCGGCUGUGCCUUGUUGUCCUAUUUUUCUUUUCCAAAAUCUUUUAAUGAAGACGAGAUUUCAAAUCAAUGAAAAACCUUUAACACUUGUAAUGUUCUUCUUUUUUUUUUAUACUGGACUUGGUAUACAGUUUGUAUUCUGUAUAAUUUUGUAUUGUGAAGAACGUCUUGUUAUUUUCAAUAAACAAAGCAUUGAAUGCUUGAA